CACUCUGCUUCAUUCAAUCAUUCUCCACCUCAAAUUCCCUCCAUCCCACUUCACAUUUGUUCUUGUUUUUCCUACUUGUCAAUCUAAUUCUUCUGAGUCUCUUACCAUAUGCAACACUCAUUCAUAGUUUCUUCAUCCCUGCCUAAAAAUGUCCCUUUGUUUCUCUUCCAACUUGAUCACACUCCAUUCACCAAAGCAUCAAAACCUUUUCAUAAACUUCUCUUCAGAGCCUUCUCAAUGCUUUAAGCUAUUCCGGAUAAGCUCAACUACUCCUUCAACAAAAUCCUUUAAACCCAUCAAAUUUAGCAAUCAAAGAUUCAAACUUUAUGCUUCUCUGACACAAUCUCAAGCUGUUGAGGCCACCCAAUCCUCAUUUAGGGACAAGAGUCCCAAAGAUGUUAAUGUUUUGGUGGUGGGAUCAACUGGGUAUAUUGGAAAAUUUGUGGUGAAAGAAUUGGUAAGAAGGGGUUUUAAUGUUGUGGCUAUUGCUAGGGAGAGGAGUGGAAUUAGGGGCAAAAAUGACAAAGAUGAGACCUUGGCUCAGUUAAGAGGUGCCAAUGUGUGCUUCUCAGAUGUUACCAAUUUGAAUACUUUUGAGGAAUCUCUGAAAAAUUUAGGGUUUUCAUUUGAUGUUGUUGUGUCAUGCCUUGCAAGUAGGAGUGGUGGAGUGAAGGAUUCAUGGAAGAUUGAUUAUGAGGCAACAAGGAAUAGCCUUGUUGCUGGUAAGAAAUUUGGUGCUUCACAUUUUGUGCUGCUUUCUGCAAUUUGUGUGCAGAAGCCUCUCCUUGAGUUCCAGCGCGCCAAGCUGAAAUUCGAGGCAGAGUUAAUGAAGGAAGCUGAAGAGGGUGGAUUCACUUAUAGCAUAGUUAGGCCUACUGCAUUUUUUAAGAGUUUGGGUGGUCAGGUUGAGUUGGUGAAGGAUGGGAAGCCUUAUGUGAUGUUUGGAGACGGGAAAUUAUGCGCUUGUAAGCCGAUUAGCGAGCCGGAUUUGGCCUCUUUCAUUGUGGAUUGUGUGAUGAGUGAGGACAAGAUCAACAGGGUGUUACCAAUUGGGGGGCCAGGGAAGGCACUGACUCCAUUGGAGCAAGGGGAGAUGUUGUUUAAGCUCUUGGGAAAGGAGCCUAAGUUCUUGAAGGUUCCAAUAGGGAUAAUGGACUUUGCCAUUGGUGUUCUUGACUUUCUGGUUAAGGUAUUUCCUUCGCUGGAAGAUGCAGCCGAGUUUGGGAAAAUUGGAAGGUACUAUGCGGCCGAGAGUAUGUUGAUUUUGGAUCCGGAGACAGGAGAAUAUAGCGAUGAGAAGACGCCGAGCUAUGGAAAUGAUACAUUGGAGGAGUUUUUCGCAAGGGUGCUAAGGGAGGGAAUGGCUGGUCAAGAACUAGGUGAGCAAACAAUAUUUUAAUGCGGCUAUGGUUAAGUAACCGAUUUUGUUUAUAUAAAUGCAUGCAUUCAACUAUAGGCACUGUAAUAGAAGUUACAAGUUAAAGCUUUUUAUUGAAGAAAUUCAAAUUUCAUGGGCUUCA